GGGGAAGUUGUAAACAAAUCGGUUGGAUCGAGCUCCAUGCGUUCGAAAUUUUUAAUUGACAUUUUUUGCAAAUUAUCUGGAUUAAUGAGUUAAGCUGACUUUUUUGACAAUCACUUUUUGUUGCUCAUCAUCUGCCAAUGAUGGACCAGAUGGACAACGAUGAGGAUCCGCAUUGCACGACUCCGAAAGGAAUUAAAGUCCACAAAGAACUGCUCCAUGAGCAAGACUGUACAAAGCUUCCAGACAUCGAUGACUUUAUCGUCUUGAAGCCAAUCAGUAGAGGAGCCUUUGGAAAAGUUUUUCUUGGCUUCAAGAAAACAAACCCAGAUAAAUACUUUGCCAUCAAAGUUAUGAAAAAAUCAGAGAUGAUUCACAAAAACAUGGUCAGCCAAGUAAUUACGGAGAGAAACGCGCUGGCUCUGUCUCAAAGCCCAAUGUGUGUCCGUCUUUUCUACUCUCUGCAGACGAAGAGCUCAAUUUACCUUGUGAUGGAAUACAUGGUCGGCGGUGACCUGAAGUCGCUGCUAAGCGUCUACGGCUACUUUGACGAGGCCAUGGCCACCUUUUAUUGUGCUGAGAUUGCUCUGGCUCUGCAAUACCUCCACAGUCAUGGAAUAAUUCACCGGGACUUGAAACCAGACAAUAUUCUGUUGACUGAUCAAGGUCAUAUCAAGUUGACAGACUUUGGUCUCAGUCAAAUUAGUCUGGACCACAAAGAACUUCAAAUAUCCGAUUUGUUGAAAACCCCAGCGACUGAAUUCGGCAGAACUCCAGGGCAGUUGCAGUCACUUACAACUCACCUUUCAUUUGGUUCGGGGCCCAAUUCUGAGGUUGGCUCUCCCUCUAGUGACAAAGAAAAUGCAGACGAAGCAAAUAGACCUUGCACUUUGGAGGAGGCUUUAAAACAAUGUGUUAAUAGUGGCUCUUCACAGAGCUUGGACAAAGUUACCACUCCUACUUCAAAGAAUGGCAAAGAAGUUGCAUCUCCCGAAGCAGACAAGUCGCCUUUGUCAGGAGUUACUCAUUUCCUGUCUCCGGAGAGAGAUUUAAUUUGCUCAAAUUCGCCACCAAAACAAGAUUCGAGCGAAAACAGCGCAUCCUCAAGCUCGUAUCACUCUUGUGAAAGCAGCAAUGGUGGUCACAGUGACACAACUCUGAGUGACAAUUCUCAUGCCUCUCAUGUCACUUUGCAAGCAUUAACGCCCAGCUCCCUGGAACUUUCAGAUGAUUCUGCUAAAGCAGGCAACUUGAAGAGGAAACUCAACCAACACACUGGAGUGACCCAAGAAAUCAGCACUCUCGAAAUUGCUCAUAUCCAAAACAAAAUACUGAGAUCAGCAAUGAGCCCAGAGAACACAAGCACCCCAACUCAAGAGCAUUGCUGCACUCCCAAAACAACUCAGAGGCGCCGUCUUGAUUCUAGUUGGAGGAGGAACGCUACUGACAAGUACCCGAAGAGUCCAGUCAAUUUUAAUUUCAAAAAGUUGACCAGAUUUGAAUUACCUGAGCCAUCUCCGAUCCUUGCCAGUCCUCCUGAGAGGAAGUCUGCAGGCAAUUCCGGUUCUGCUACUCCAUUGAAACCAGUCACCACACCAUACAGAACUCCAAAAUCUGUUCGACGGGCACGAGCGAGUCAAAGCUGGAUAAGUGACAACCGCAUCUUGGGCACUCCGGACUACUUGGCCCCGGAGCUCCUUUGUCGCCAGAAGCACGGCCCAGCUGUUGAUUGGUGGGCGCUAGGAGUUUGCCUCUAUGAGUUUGUAACCGGAAUACCACCAUUCAAUGACGAAACUCCUGAAGCCGUCUUCAAUAACAUUCUUCAGAAAAAUCUUGAGUGGCCUGAAGGAGAUGAAGCCAUUUCUGAAGACAUGCAAUUCACCAUCGACCAACUUUUAACUCUAGACCCUGAACAAAGACCAGAUAUUGAUGGCGUCAAGGCUAUGCAUUUGUUUGCCAGCGUUAAGUGGGAUUCACUACUGAGCCUGCGAGCACCUUUCGUCCCUGAGCCUACCAGUGGUACUGAUACUGCGUAUUUUGAAGCUCGGAAUACACUUCAACAAUGGACUGUCUCCAACUGUGAGCUGAGCAAGUUUUUGCCCUGAUUUACGCUCUUACCAUGCGAUAAUGUAAGUCCGUCAAAAUCUAAACUCGAAACUGAAGCAUGUUUGAUUCUGUGAUGAAUGCAUAUUAUUGCUAUUAUAGUUACUGCCAUUGGUGGUGCACCAGCAUUUUAUAACGUGCCUAUCAUAGCUUAUGCUAACUUAUACAUUUUAAAUUAAAACUGUCGUAUUCACAAGUCAUGGUUUAUAAAUAUUCA